UUCACAACAUCAGUCUGUGCGUGGCCAGUGACGUACACACACACGCACACAUACACACGCAUACACAUACACACAAACAGACCCCAUGUACGUUUCCCUCGCCCUCCUUCGAGCCGUGUGUACCUAUGUGCGUGUGUGUGUACGUCUAGGAAAGGUACUAAAUGUGUGUACGUGAAGUAGUGCCUGUGUGUACGUCUUUUUUGGCUCAUGUACGUUUUUCUGGCCUGUACGUAAAAUUCGGGGCUGUGUAUGUAAUCUUAUUGUGUGUGUGCGUUGAUUUUUGAGUUGUGUGUAUGUAGAAGAAGAGGAGGAGGAGGAGGAGGAAAAAGAAGAGGAGGGAGAAGAAAUGAGAUAAGAAAAACAAGAGAAAGAAGAAAAAAAAAUGUAGAGAAAAGGGAAAAAUAGAAAAGAAUAGAGAGAACGAAAGAUUAAGAGGAAGAAAAUGAAAAAGAAGGAAACAGAAAGGAAAAUAGUGAAAAGAAAGAAGAAAAGGAAAAUAUAAAAAGAAAUUGAAAAGUAAAGAAAAAAAUAAGAAAGAAAAACAAAGAAAAAUAACAAAAAAGAGACAAACUAGAAAAAAUAACAAAUGCAAACAAUAUAAAGAAAAGAAAGAAGAAAACAAAACAAAAUGAAGUUGAAGAAGAUGAAGAAACACAGAAAGGCGGAGAGAGAGCAGUAGACAGACACACAGACGGACAGACAGACAGACAGACAGACAGUCAUGCAACAGAAAUGGCACUCCUUACAUCUUGUCUGUGUUGUAACUUGCUCGUGGGCGCCAUAAUGAGUGGGGUGUAUGUCAUGAUGGUGUAUUUACUGGCGUUCAUCAUUUCCGUGUGGUGGAUAGUGGAGCAAGGAGGUGAGGAGGGCGAGGGAGCACCGGCGCCUGCUUACCUGCUGUGUAUCUGCUACCUGGUGGUCUGUGUCGCCUCGGCCUGGAUGCUGCUGGGAUUGUAUAAGAAGAGCUCCCGGGUGCUGCUGGUGUGGGUGUUCCUCAUGACACUGUUCUGCUUCCCUGAGAUGGGCAUGGUCGCCUUCAUGGCCUUCAUUCACUGGAAGAUCACAUCAGCUUACGGCCUGGCUGACCUGAUAUUCUAUGUAUUCCGUGCUGCCUUCAAUCUGCUGUCAGUGUUGUGUGUGCAGUCGCAAUACUCAGUGUGGAGGGACGCAGCGACCACAACACACACACUCAAGAGACUGCAACACCUUCAUUUGAAUCCUAUUGGGAAGAAUAAUUAUGGAGGAGGAGGAGGAGGAGGAAGCGAACUUGGAGGAGAAGUAGGAGGAGGAGGAGCAGGAGGAACAGGAGGAGGAGGUGGUAUUGCCUAUCAUAACCCAGCCUUUCUAGCAGGCCAGGAAGAUCCCCCCUCCCCCACCAGGACUGCCCUCCCUCACUAUCCCUCCCUUACCAGGUCACUUUCCCGCGCCUCUUCCCUGGGCUGGGGGUCCGAGUCGGUGAGGGGAGUAAGAGUUGGGGUGAUAGGAGGUCCCACUGCCACGUCCCUGCAAGUUAGAACCGGCCUGCCUGGUUGGGAUCCUUACAUGAACAGAGAGUCCCAGUCUGAGUUUAAUGCUGCUAACUUCUCUCCUGCAUCUGUGGGAUUCAUGCCACUGGUUGGAGGCGGCAGCGGCGGCGGUGGAGGAAAUGGAGGAGGAGGAGGAGGAAUAACAGGGGCAAGAAGUGACUUAAACCUCUAUUCUCCCUCCUCUUCUUCUCCCACCCCCUCCCCCUACACUAUAUACCACCACUCCCCACCACAGCAUCUCUACCCCCUCCACCUCCCGCACUUACCCCCACUGCUGCCACCCCCACCCAUGCCCUUGGUGGGGGAUGGCCUCACCUACGCUGCUGCCACUCAAAGCUUGGACAGACGGAGAUACGUGCGUCGCUGGCAAGGUGUUCGAGGUGGUGGCCAUGGUGGUGGUGGUGGCGUUGUGAACAGUGUGGUGACAAGUAGCAGGUCAUCACUAGGAGGGGAGAGUGAUGACUUACGGAGGUACAGAGAUGUUGCAUUGUGAAUCUUGCUUUGAAUUGUGGGAUGAGUAAUGUAGCUAAAUUUAAAGGCUAGUUUUUGUUGUUUUGACCUAUUCUUCUUAAUUUUGUGUGUGUGUGUGUGUGUGUGUGUGUUGCAUGUGUGUGUCUUAGCCAUGUGUUGUGUUGUGUUGUGUUGUGGUGCUGUAGUUGUUACUGUAGUGUUGUUGUGUUGACUAAAAUGUGGUGCUUUGAAAGAUAUUAGUGUUAUAUUAGUGGUUGUAUUGUAACUACUGGUGUCGAAGUGUGUGUGUUCAAAUAGUAGUAGUAGUUGUAGGUAAUUUCUCUCUCUCUCUCUCUCUCUCUCUCUCUCUCUCUCUCUCUCUCUCUCUCUCUCUCUCUCUCUUGCUAAUGGUAAUAUAAUGUUAAUAUUGUGCUACCUGAGGCUGUAAAAUAGAAUAUAUACACUUGUCUACAUAACACUCUAUAAUAUUACAGGUAAGAGAGAUUUAUUAUAAGCUUAUCAUUCUUUAUAUUUGUACGAAAAAUAACUAAUAAUAUAUUUUCUCUGGUAUUAAUUUAACAUUGAAUAAAAUAACAUCAGUGCU